GAGGAGGCGGCGGCAGGAAAACGGCCGGAGACCCCGGAUCCCUGCCCCCCGCCCUCCGCCCCCCGCCAUGGAGCUGAAGGUCUGGGUGGACGGCAUCCAGCGGGUGGUCUGCGGCGUCUCGGAGCAGACCUCGUGCCAAGAGGUGGUCGUCGCGCUGGCCCGCGCCCUGGGGCAGACGGGGCGCUACGUCCUGAUCCAGAAGCUGCGCGGGAAGGAGCGCCAGCUGCUGCCCCACGAGUGCCCGGUUGCCACGCAGGCCCAGUGCGGCCAGUCCGCCCACGACGUCCAGCUGGUGCUGCGGCGCACGGGGCCCAGCCCGGCCGAGCGCGCCGCCGCCGUGCCCGUCGAGGCCCGGCCGGCCGGCCGCGCCGCCGCCCCGGCGCCGACCUCUGACCCGGGCGCCCCGGUGCCCACCGAGGCCGCGGAGCUGGUGCGGCUGGAGCGGCUGGUGAGGCGCAACGAGGCGGAGCUGGGCGAGGAGGCCUUCUGGCAGGGCGAGCUGCGGCAGGAGCGGGCCCGCGAGCGCCAGCGCCAAGAGACCGUGCGGGGCCUGCGGGCCUCCACCCGCGACUACGUGCGCCAGCUGCGGGCCCUGGCCGCCCGCGCCCGGGCCCUGGAGGAGGAGCUGCACCGCGCCCGGGCCCCGGCCCCCGGGCCCCCGGCGCCCCUGGAGGACAUGGCCUGCAGGAUGCGCAGAGACCUGGAGGACAAGGUCCAGCAGAGCUCGCAGCUGCGGAGCAACCUGGCCGACGUGGGCCGGGCGCUGGAGGCCGCCGAGAGGAGCCUGCAGGUGCAGACGCAAGAGCUGGAAGACUUGAACAAGGAGCUGCGCCAGUGCAACCUGCAGCAGUUCAUCCAGCAGACGGGCGCCACCGCCACCGCCUGCCCCCCGCCCGGGCCCGCCCCGGCCCCCCAUGGCAACUCAGUUGUGUCCACGCGGCCGAGCGCCUGGAGGUAGAAGGCGGAGCCCCGGAGGACGGUGACUCCAGCCGCAGCAGAGCCCGCGUCCGGCCGGGUAACACCACCGGGCGAGGCCCGCGGACGGCCAGCGCGGCCGCAGGGCCGGCAUCGGGCCGGGUAACACCACCGGAUGAGGCCCGCG